AUAAUAAGCAAUACAAUACACUUUUAGAGUUUAUUCAGGCAUCUUUAUCAAGAACUUCUUUUCGUGUUCUCAAUUCUGAUGGUUUUGAAGCAACUACUGGUGCACCAUCAGACAAUACUAAUGCAAGAAUGCAAGUUACUGACGAUAAUGUGUUGAAACACAAGUAUAUAUGCAAAGUUUGUGGAGAACUGUGCCAUAAUUCUAGAAACAAAACAAAAUAUAGCAAGUAG